CUUCCCCAAAGUGUAAACAUUGGCGACCGCAGGGUAGUGUUAAGUUAAACAGCGAGUCAUGGGCGAUAUAUAGUGUUAAACUAUUGGUAUUACAAUAAUAUACAAUGUUGUUAAGUAUGUACUGAGCUACAGAGCGACCGGAAGUGGGAAAAACUGAAUCAAAGAAGCUCUAAGGGUUUGUCAGCCGCGUGGGAAUGGGUUACAUUCCUUGCUGGUCCAAAUGGACAAUAAAGGGAGCGACGAGGUGGAAACAUUGAAGACAAAGUUCUUGUCUGUGUGGCACAAUGUGAAGUACAGUUGGGCUCUGAAAUCAAAGACCUCGUUCAGUAGGAAUUCCCCAGUGCUUCUGCUCGGAAAGUGUUACCAUUUUAAGGCUGAAGAUGACGACAGUGUCACAGAAGCUUGCUACGAAGCCUCCGAUGAGGACUUCGUCAUGGGGAACGUGGACGCUUUCCGCAACGAUUUUGCGUCCCGCCUGUGGCUCACCUAUAGGGAGGAGUUCCCUCCCCUGCCCGGCUCCACGCUGACAUCCGACUGCGGCUGGGGCUGCAUGCUGAGAGCCGGGCAGAUGAUGCUGGCUCAGGCGCUUGUUCUGCACUUCUUGGGCAGAGACUGGACCUGGUCGCAAGCCUUGGCGCUCCAGCCGUUGGACACAGAGACGUGGACCACCGCCGCAGCCAAGCGUCUGGUGGCCUCUCUGGAGGCCUCUCUGCAAGGUUCCCCCAGCCCCUCCGAUCAUGGAUCACCACCGAUGCACCAAGGCCAGGCUCAGGGGUCUGCAGAGGAGGCAGAUGCACAUUUGAAAGAGAUGUACCACCGCACCCUGGUGUCCUGGUUCGGGGACAGCCCCUCGGCGCAGUUGGGCCUCCACAGGCUGGUCCGCAUGGGCCUGACGAUGGGGAAACAGGCAGGGGACUGGUACGGGCCUGCUGUGGUGGCACACAUCCUCAAGAAAGCUGUCGAGGAGGCGAUGGACCCUGGCUUGGCGGGUAUAACUGCUUAUGUCUCCCAGGACUGCACAGUCUACAGCGCCGAUGUCAUGGAUAGCCACAGGGCACUGAGAGCAGGGCAGACCUCUGCGGAGAGAUCAGAUGCCCCUCCCUCUCCACAGAGCGACCAACCAGUGUCUGCCUCCACUCCGUCCGACAGCCGAGCCGUCAUCAUCCUCAUCCCUGUGAGGCUGGGAGGGGAGAAGACAAACCCUGACUAUUUUAACUUUGCAAAGAGCAUACUGAGUCUGGAGUACUGCAUAGGCAUCAUCGGAGGGAAGCCCAAACAGGCCUGCUACUUUGUAGGAUUUCAAGAUGACAGCUUGAUUUACAUGGACCCUCAUUACUGUCAGUCUUUUGUGGAUGUCAGCACCAGCGAUUUCCCUCUCCAGUCGUAUCAUUGCCCCUCGCCAAAGAAGAUGCCUUUCAGCAAGAUGGACCCAAGCUGCACCAUAGGUUUCUACUCUAGAAGUGCUCAAGACUAUGAGAGAAUCAGCCAAGAGCUUUCUAAGGUGCUGCAGCCGUCAGCGAGGGAGAAAUACCCCGCGUUCACUUUAGUGCAAGGUCACGGCAGAGAUUACAACCUGUCUGCAGGCCUGACCCCGGAGAAGAGAGAAUGGCCCUUCAUCCGUGACCCGCGGAGGACGGUCACCACUGCCGGGGACUUUGUGCUGCUUUGACGGCGCUGUUUAAAAGACUACUGACAGCCAGGGAACUUCUUCUUCUAAUGACUCAAACUGCUCGAUAUCCAAAGCCUCGUGUCUGAGCCUGACGUGACGCUGAAGGUUACGGAACUUUUUUUUAAAAACUACAGUAAUUUAGUUUAUACGUUGUUGAAAACUUUGUUGCCCGGCAAUGUGGGCUUGCUUAACAUUUUGUCAGGGAACCUUGAGACAUUUCUGUUGGUGCUCUGCUUAAUUUAAUGACCGAAAAUGUUUUAUAUACUCAUCUAAAGAAUAGGAACAUCUAGGGGAACACUAUUCAUUUUGCACCGUUAUUUGUGAUUUAAUGGACUUGAGACAAGGGGUUGAUGGCAACGAUAUCAGUGUGUCACAUUUUGAGAGAUUUGGUGUCGGAUUUUUUUGCACAUUACAUCAUGUUGAAGAAGUCUAAAAGGGAUUUGCUUACAAUGACCACAAGGUCCAGUUCAGCACUCCCACAUGGGCAUGUUUUCAAGGCUAACAGUGUCAUAGUUAACGUGACUAAAAUCAGUGUUGGCCCACUUUAAAAUCUCUUCACAGGGCCACACCUACAGCAUUUAGACAGUUUUCUGUUGUUAGCACUGUGAUAAGAGGAGUAUUGUAAAAGCCUUAAUUAAUAUGGGCCAAGGCCUCUCUCUUAAGAUUGAGCCAAGUAACUUUUCCAAACUUCUCUGCCAAAAACUUGUCAUCAAACAAGAUGAAUUCUUCACCCGUCUGAAACACCUCGACAACAGAAGCAUAUGGGAUACCCUGUUCAUAAUCCUGCCAACAUUUCUUUGUAUUCACACUAGGGCAAAUUUCUUUCUCCGAGCAAUAACACAUAAUGGUGUUGUAUGAUGAUAUUUGCUUGCUUGCCUUGUGUGCUUUUGAGUAGUAUUAAUUCUGACUGAGAUAUGCAUCGCAGUGCAAUGUGACCAGUGGGGACAUGAAGUCAUGCGCUAUGUCUUACCAAGCACUGUCUGUCAUAAGUUACCCUUUACAAUUGAAUUCUUUACAUGUAAAAGUAUUUACUGUUUGUCUGACACACUGAAGUCAAGACAUAAAAAUACUUCUUAGUCGGAUCAGAUAAUUACAGUAUAUAGUUACACCACAAAAAGAAAUCCAAAACUACAUCAGCUUUUAAAAUCAAUAUUAUUAUUUGUAUAUGUUGUGUGCAAUUAACAAUUUUGGCCAAUUAUUUCAAAGCAUUUUCUAACAUUUCAUGUUGUAUUCCUAAUGUGUAUUUUUUAUAGUCUCCAGCAUUGAGUUGCUAAAUGAUCUUUUGAUUUUUUUUAACUCAUCACCUCUACGUAAUGUACACUUGAACAUAAAAGAAGUGAAGAAGUGCGCUAGUUCACAUGUUAGGCUGCAGAAGUUGAUCAUGCACUUUGGUUUUUACCUUCAAAACACUGAAGUAUUCCAACUGUUGAAUAUUUUUCAUGUGCUUUUCUGCAUUAAAACACCUGCAUUUCUGUUUGCAUAAAUUAACUUACAAAAUGUAAACUGAUUUUAACCCUGCCAGGAGAAACAAAGAUUUUGAAUAAAGUCAAAUAUUUGAUUUUCUUAA